UGUAGAUCCAUAUUAUAAUUGUCGUCCGGUGGCUGCUGCAGUGCAACGCUGUACCUAUACUUAAAACGCACAAUCGUGCGUGUAACAUGUAAUAAUAUAUUAUUACAGUAUACGGUGUACCAGCACCGACGACGUACUUUUGCAGACAAUAUUAUUAUUAUUGUAAUUAUUAUUUAUUGACGUCGUGUGUGAACUUGUACGAAUUCGACGUAACGAAUACAAACGAGAAUCGCUAGGGCCGCUUAACGUCUUUGUUUUUUCGUUUAAAUUAUUAUUAUGAACGUUUAAAGUAAUAUUCCGUAAUAUGAUCCGUCUCCAAUUUUGAUUCAGUUCGACAAUAUUAUAUCAUAGCGUAUCAUACACAUGGACGCGUUCACCGCCGAACGUCUUGUUUCAUAGCCUGCAGCAGACGACGACGAAUAAUAAUGUCGUUAAAAUGAGAUUUGUCAUCUUGACAUCGUCUGUGGUUUUGCAAUACUGAGCUUAAAGACAGAACUUUUGAAGUCACCUCAGACGAGGAAAAAAUAUCGAUUUUCAGUCAUGUUGUAAGACUCCCCCGUAGAUGACUUCGUCGUAUUUUUGUCACGAAAUUAGAUGCAAAUAUAUACGAUGAUCGCUUGCACUGACCGUGGAUAACAUUAUUAUUUGAAGCGCAAUUGCCGGCGGGGUAAAGCUGCUUACAGUGUAUAUCCGAAUUCGUGUGCGAAGGACGCUUCCGGCGAGGACGACGACGCCAACGACGACUGAUCUUGGCCGCAGCAGCUGCAGUUCCAGCCGGAAAUGUCCACACCGGCGGUCACCGCUCCAGCGGAAGUCACCACCGCGGUUGACACCAUGCCCGCUACCACGACGGUCACCACGGCUUUGGUCGAUCCGUCGAACAAUCGUCGAUCGCCACCAGAAAAGUUCACUGGGAACGCGAGGCACGCGAGCAUGCCGCAAAUAGAUUCUCGGCCUCGUCGUUUGCAGGAAACUACGAUGACCGCCGCCGCGAGGUCCGCGAAGGAGCAGACGGCGCUACAGCAGCGUCAACAGCACGGCAGGUCGAACAGCGCGACGGCAUCGACGGCAUCUGAUAGGGGUGUACACCGGGUCUUUGGUGGAGGGAGUGUAGGCGGUGCCAAUGGAGGUGGUGGAGGCGGCGUCGGAGCAGGGUUUAAGAGCAAGUUGCGCAACUCGUUUCGGUCAACCGCCAAGAGGAUCCGGCAACAGCAAUCGGCCAUCGACGCGCUGGCCAAGAACAGCCAAAUGCUCGGGCUGCACAACCUCCAGGACAGUCCCAGAACGAUGCAGGUGCAACGGGCCUUUGGUCGGGAGAUUCCCGGUCAGACGUCCAAACAUCGACCUCAAAACCAACCGGGCGUGGUGUUGUAUUCGUCUUCGGGAAGUGACCACAGUCUCGGAAGAGAGAGGUCGCCGACCAUUAGCAGCUACCCAAAAGGAUCUCCUUCGUUGUGGACAGGCACUUGCAGCCCAUUAGGUGGUUCGCAAUUUUCGUUGGCCACUCAAAACACGUGCUGUUGUCAGCAUGUGGUCAACAAUUGCAAAAUGAUGAUAGAAAACAACAACAAUAUGUGGCAACAAAAUUCGUUCAAACACAAUAGGGGCAAUAAUGGAGGGCCAAAAAAUUCGAACGGGGAGCCAUACGAAGACAGUGACGGUCUAACGUGGAGGAGGCUGCACAUGAGCAGAGCAAAACUGAAAGCUACAGCUACCACAUCUGAACUCUUAUCCGGAUUUGCGAUGGUGGCGAUGGUGGAGCUGCAGAUCAACGAACCGACCAUGGUUCCGGAAUGGCUAUUCAUCAUGUUUGCUGUAUGCACCACCGUGCUGGUGGCCGUGCACAUUUUCGCGUUGAUGAUCAGCACGUACCUGUUGCCCAACGUGGACGCCAUCAGCAAGUUGCAGAGCACCAAGAUGAUUCAGGAGUCACCACACGAGCGCAUGCGCGGCUUUGUCGAGCUGGCCUGGGCGUUCUCCACCGUGCUCGGACUGUUCCUGUUCCUGGUCGAGGUGGCCAUACUGUGCUGGGUCAAGUUCUGGGACCACUCGUUCCGGGCCGCCAUGGCCGCCACCAUAAUUGUCAUACCGGUGCUGGUAAUAUUCGUGUUCUUCGUGUUCCACUUCUAUCGGAACCUGGUCGUGUACAAGUGUGAGUCCACUAAGUCCGACAUCAAGGAAUUGGAGGCCAUGAAGAAGAAACUGGACGUGGCCGGUACCACUAAAGUCGUCUGAAUCGCGAGGCAGCCGAUUGGUAGUUUACGUAAUGGUAUUAUUGUUAAUCCAAGGCUCGUAAAAGUUCAUGCACAAAAAAACAAGCGCAUAAGUGAUACAUUAAGCUUCACUAAAAAGUUCCGAAAUAUAUGCAUUUAUAUACACUAAAAAUAAAAAACUAUAUGCACUUGAAUUAAUAUGAGUGAUAAAAAAACCUUAAGCAAAUUUAGAAAUAACCAGGUGAUAUCCAUUCGUUUUGAAAAUUCUUAUUUUAUUUCCCGUGAUUUUAAUCUAUAACGUUAUUGUCUUUCCGUAAACUGAUAAAAAUCAUGUACAGUAGUCGUACUAGAAUAAAAAUAAACCUAAACGAAUAUCUAAAUUAAAUGUAUUCGAAAUAAUAUUAUGCGCUAAUAACUCCUGAAAAAAAUCCACUGUACUCAAAUUACCAAAAAUGCAAAAAGUAUAUACGCUAUUAAAAUAUGUACUUUUAUUACACUGUUGCGUUGUUGUGUAAAGGAUAUGCACCUCACUAAGUAUUUUUUCCUAUAUGUAGGGGAAAAAAAGAAAAUGUAUGAACACAUGAGCCUUGAUGAUUAUAUUUUAUAAUAAUAAUCCAAUAGUAAUUUAUUCGUCAAAUUAUUAAAUAUUAUAACCAUUAUUAUUACUAUUAUUACUAUCACCAUUAUUAUUAUUAUUAUACACAUCAUUCCGCGCAUUAUAUAAUAUAUGUUUAUAUAUUACAAACGAAAUACCUAUAGUAGGUACC